AUGGGCCACGGCGCGCGCACACACUCGCCCUCCGCCUGGCCCGCACCCCCGCGCACACACACACACUCGCACACACACUCGCUCACCCGCGCCAGGCGCCCGCCCGCCCGUCGGUCGCUCCCGCUACGCGCUGAGCGCGGGCUGAGCCGACAUAGAAGACCGCGAGGGCGGCGGCAGCGGCGGUGGAGAAGGAGGUCGCGACUGCAGGCGCCGCUGGAGCCGCCGCCUCAGCUGCAGCGGCGAGUGCCGCUGGCGGAGCCGGGGCCCGGGUCGGAGUCGGAGCUGGAGUCGGGCCGCAGCCGGAGCGUGAGCCCAGGUCCCGGCCGCCCGCGCAGCCGCCGCUGUCCCGGCGGGAGCCCUCGCUGGGCUUGGGAUAGAGGGGAGUGCGGUGAGCCGAGUGGGACGCGGGGCAAGGCUGCUGGUGGAGAUCAGGGUGCACUGGUGUCUGGGGGCCAGGUCCAGGGCCGGACGCAGCCAGCCAUUCAGGAAGGCAGCGCUGGAGAGCGGGAGGCAGCCAGUGAGGAGGAUCACACACUUUGCUCUUUUUGUUGUGCCGGUGGCGCCGGGCUCUCGCUGCCUUCUUCUUUCGCAGGCUCAAGCAGGCGCGGAGCGGCGCGGAGUGACAAAGCCGACGCUGCUGCCGCUGCCGCCGCCGGGGGUGGGAGCAACUCUUCCUGGCCCGCCCGUCCCUCUACUCGGGAGAACGUUAAAGUUUGUCUCAGCUCCAGCAUCCCAAGCCUCAACACGCCCUCAGAUAAAGGUGGAAGUAAAUGGCCACGCUGUAUUGACAGAGUACAGAGACAAGCAGUCGAGGGCAGGCAGAGGGAGCAGGCAGAGAGGGAGACAGAUGGAAAGAGGACUAGGAGAGUGACGGAGCGAGCGGAAGAAGGGCGGGCGCCAGGGAACCGAAGGUCCGCUGGACACCGGGUCCUCGGGCCCAGCCCCCUUCGGACCUUGAAUUGUGUCGUUGGGCACCGGAAGCGAGGCUCUGCCAAGUCCUGUCCCACCAGAGAGACUACAGAACAGAAACAACCCUGUUUUAUCAAGCCCAUCUGGAGAGAUGAACAUGCCUGCAAUCAUUGGGAGAAAGGUGACAGUGUAUUUACAUCACAGGUUGUAGUUGAUGUUCUCAACAUUUGUAUUGGUAUUUCCUCAUCAUCGUUUGCAAGAGGAGUUCCAGAGCCUCAUUGCUGUGGUAAACACCAUGAUCUGGAAUCACAAAAAUGAUCAAAGCAGCAGCCUUGAUGGAUCAGUUCAAACAUGCUGGAGACAAUGAAUUAAACAAGUAAUUUCUUCAGGAUUAAUGGGGAAAACAUGAACUUUGCUAUAAAUUUCUCCUAAAAUUUUGAUUUAUAAUUCACUUUCUCAAGAUUCAUUUUGAACUCCAGAGAUCAUCUUCUCCUGUAACCUUCUAUUGAAAGAUUUCAAAAUAAAUGUACAGUCUGUAGGACAGGGGUAGGCUGAAUACCUGCUUCACUGAGUACCUGCUUCAAGUCACCUUAUGCAUUUUCUUAUUGGAAAAACAACCAUUGGAGAACCAUCUUGCUCCCUUCAGCAAAAAUGGAAACAAAUCAAGAUGCUAAGAUUGCCACAGUUGCCAGCAGUUAAUGAUGCAGGUGUUAUGCAAGCAAGCUUCAGCAAAUGAAGUUACAAGACAGUGUGCCUCACCAGCCAGAAAUCAGGAAAGAUUAAACCUAUCCCUUUCAUCCAGCUGCUCCUUAAAUCAGUGCAACCCUUCCAAAUUAAUUUGUAUUGAAAUAUGCAUUGCCUCUUCAACUUAGCUGAGUACUUACUAUGUGUGAAUCACUAUAAAAUAGAGGAAGGAAAAUGAGGGAAACAAAUAAGAUGUGGUCCCUGCCUUCAGUGGAUUAAAAAUUAGUUUCAAUGCACAUUUUUGAAAACCUUCUGCUGUUAAUUGUGUCUCCAAGACAGGGAACAAAUGGAAACAUAUAGUCUAUAAGUAUUUUAAGUUCCCUUAAUAAAUAACAAAAUAAAACCAAAAACUCUUAUUGUGAACAAUUCAGGACACCUUAAUUCAAUUUGUUUUUUGAAUUCUGAUAGGUAGGAUCCUUUUUGUCGAUUCACUAAAUAUUUGGUAGACUUUAGAGACAGUAACACGUUAUAGUUGGAGUCAACUUGAAUUAAAUUCCAACUCCCCUUAGCUAUUGAUUGUCUGUUGGAAAACUGUAUUGUGUUUGUGCAUUUCUUGGAAAGAGGGGAGAUGAAUUACAUCUGUUGUCUCUAUAGGCUUCUUCUUUACCUUCUAUGCUUUAGGAACCUGCUGCUCUCUGUGAAUCAUUAGCAUGGAGAAGAGGAAGGUUU